GGGAGAUGAGACGAGGAGGAGCUCCGGUGCAAACCGGAGGCUUAUCGUCGGUGCAGGCGCAGCGGCCAGUCAGCAGCCUGUCACAGCUCCUAACAGCCACACAUUGGCGCCCUGUUCCUUGCACGCAGCCGCUCAUUGCAAGGCGGCAGGCACCUUCACAUGACUGCGGCUUGCAAUUGUAGCUGUUUUUUAAAAAAUUUGUUUUAUUUUGAAACUCUGCGUGGAGAAGUUUUGAUUGCUUUUGUGAUCAACCAGAGACAAGAUUGCAUUUUUGUUUUUAGCUGGGAGGAGACUAUUUCUCAUCAGGCAUCCUUUUGUGGCUGCAAUUCUAAUUCUAAUCUGUUGGAUUAAGACGUUUGAAGGGAAGAUAUGAAAUUGGCUGUUGGCUCCCUCUGGAUCCUUUGCUCUCUAAUAAAGUGCAGCAAGGUGUCUGCUGGCUCCGAGCCAGGACGGGCCAAACGGAGCUGGGAAGAGGCGGCAAAACAGAGUCAAUACAAAUGUCUCAAUCUGUCCAACAAAGAGCAUCCGCAAAACAAAAGCGUAGGUACCUUCUGUGGACAAAUGUGGGAUGGCUUGUUGUGCUGGGAAGAGACACCAACGGGUACAUCGGUAACACAGAGAUGUCCCGAUCAUAAUGGCUUCGCCUCUACUGGAAAUGUGACCAAAUAUUGUGACCAAUGGGCCAAGUGGGUCCACAUCGGGUCCACCUGUGAGGAACCCUCAACGGAUACUCCAAAGGAUGUUAAGUCAAAACCAAGCACCGAAAGCGUUAGCAACAUGGCACAGAAAAUACUCGACAACAAAGAGAAAUGUCUUUUAAAAAUGGAACAAGACCCACCUUAUAAUAAAACAGGACUGUUCUGUAGUCCCAUCUGGGAUGGUUGGCUUUGUUGGGACGUUACUCCAGCACAAACCUACGCCACCCAGAACUGCCCCGAUCAUUUUGUUGACUUUCAACCUACGGGAAAGGCAAGCAAGUAUUGCGGAGAGCACGGGGAGUGGUAUCGCCACCCGGAGAGUGACAGUUUUUGGACCAACUACACACUCUGCACCAGCAACUAUGAGAACAAGUCAAGGAAACAGAAGCUGCUUGACAGUAAAUAUAAAUGCCUCUUGAAAACAAGCCAAGACCCCCCCUUUAACGGAACAGGGCUGUACUGCACUCGGAACUGGGAUGGCUGGUUGUGCUGGGAUGAUACUGCAGCAGGAACCUACGCAACCCAAAAUUGCCCUGAUUAUUUUUCAUAUGCUGACUCCACAGAAAAGGCAACUAGGUACUGUGGAGAGGAUGGCCGGUGGUAUCGCCACCCACAAAGCAACACCACAUGGACCAACUUUACACUCUGUGCUGUCAACAUUCAGGAAACGUUGGAGGGUGCGAGUGCCCAACUCUCAGGCGACGCGCAGCAAGACUUUAGCGAUGAGGCCACAAUGAGCCCCGUGGUGAAUCCAGAGGAGCAAGUUGUGAGGAAAAAAAUCCUUCACAGCCAGUACAAAUGCGUUGAGAAAAUGAACCGAGAUGCUCCUUAUAACAAAUCAGGUCUGUAUUGCAGUCGCAACUGGGACGGCUGGUUGUGCUGGGACGACACUCCCGCAGGAACAUACACCUCCCAAAAUUGCCCAAAUUAUUUUAUCGACUUUGACCCCACAGAAAAGGCAACCAAAUACUGUGGGGAUGAUGGCCAGUGGUUUCGCCACCCUGACACAAACAGAACCUGGUCCAACUAUACACUCUGCAAUGAAAACACCAAAGCAAAAUUAAAGUCAGCCUACAUCCUGUUUUACAUGGCCAUUGUGGGUCAUGCCUUAUCUAUAGCCUCCUUGCUCAUCUCCUUGGCCAUCUUCUUCUACUUCAGGAGUUUGAGCUGCCAAAGGAUCACCUUGCACAAAAAUCUUUUCUGCUCCUAUGUGCUCAAUUCGGCCCUCACCAUCAUCUACCUGGUCGCAGUGGUCAACAAUCCCAAAGUAGUGGGCAGAAGCCCAGUAGGCUGCAAGGUGUUGCACUUUUUCCACAUGUACAUGCUGGGAUGCAAUUAUUUCUGGAUGCUCUGUGAGGGAAUCUACCUGCACACGCUCAUCGUGGUGGCCGUGUUUGCAGAGGAGCAGCAUCUUCACUGGUACUACCUCCUGGGCUGGGGUUUUCCUCUAGUGCCUGCAUCCAUCCAUGCUGUAGCAAGAAAAACCUUCUUUGAUGACAACUGUUGGAUGAGCGUGGAAACUCAUCUCCUGUAUGCCGUCCACGGUCCUAUCGUGGCAGCUCUGGUUGUGAAUCUCUUCUUCUUACUCAACAUUAUAAGAGUGCUGGUCACCAAGCUGAGAGACACACACAGAGCGGAGUCGAACAUGUACAUGAAGGCCGUGAGAGCCACUCUGAUCCUGGUGCCCCUGCUGGGAAUACAGUUUGUCAUUUUCCCCUGGAGACCGGAGAACAGGUUGGCGGGGGAGGUCUACGAGUACAUCAUGCACAUACUCAUGCACUACCAGGGUUUACUGGUGGCAACCAUAUUCUGCUUCUUCAAUGGAGAGGUGCAGGGCGCUCUGAAGAGACAGUGGAUGCAGUACAAGACGCAGUGGGGUCAGCGACGAAAAGACCACUGUUCAAUGCGCUCCACAUCAUACACGGCCACCUCCAUUACAGAGGUCCCUCCCUUUAUGUACCACCGCGACAGCAACAGCGAACACUUGAACGGACGCCACACGGACGACUCGGAACUGGUGGCGCUGAAAUCGGGCGAGAUCCACUGAGGUUGUGACUACAUUUCCGAGGAUGGGAUAGUGACUGAAACACUUCUAUGACUUGGUCACUGUUGCUAAGACUUGUUAAGACUUUUGACCUCUGUCACGCCGGUGGUGAAGAGACGGAAAUAACUGUGAUGACAAUGUCUGUUAGAGAUGAUGUCGUGGUAUUAACAUAUAGUGGUCAUCAUCAACAGGAAGUGAAAGAAACAAUGCUUUCUUGUCUCACGUACGAUACCAAAGGGUACUGGAUGUUAGUCAGCGACCGGAUGGGGAUGUUCUGUGUCCGAGUGAGCCUGUAUCCGGAUGUGGUACCCUGACCACGCUCAAACACACACACACAAAGUUCUAAUAUGUACCAGCAUUAGUCUGGUCACAUGCCACGAAAUGUUGCAAUUUACCUUCUAUGUUUCAAGCUCUGGAAAUGUGUACAUAAAAUUACUUAAAAAAAAAAAAAGAAUUUAUUAUUUUUUUCUAUUAAAAAAAUGGUAUGACUUUUCA